UCGGUUUGUCAUUCAACCCUUUGCAAUGACGUCCUUAAUAAUCUUGCUUGUUUCUCAUACAGGAAAUUAUAAGCCAUGCAUUUCUACGGAUGUACGUGGUUGGUUUGAAAAGACUGCAUUUUUCCGUGUGUUUUUCACUAUUCGCGAUGACUACUUCAGACCUGAUAUUGCAAUUCGCGAAGAGCAGUGUGCCUGUAUGCCAGAAUGUGACAGGUUGGAGUAUGGUGAGGAAUUCUCUCCACUGGAUUUGGUUAAUGAUAAUUCGAUGGAAGGAGGACUAGUCGUGGAUAUUUACUAUCAACAUGGAACUAUGAUCAAAUAUAGAACUGAAGCUGUCUAUGAAUGGCUGGAUCUUUUAGUGGCUUUUGGUGGUAUCGGAGGACUGCUUAUGGGGGCGUCAAUCCUCAGUGGAGUUGAGCUGAUCUAUUACUUCACCAUCGGGGUUUUUGUAUAUUUAAGAGACCAAGUUGGAAGAAUGAAAACUUCUGAAGUAAAACUAUUGUCGGGACGUUCUCCAUGA